AUGAUGAUUGCAGCGUUGAAUGGCCUUCCUUCUGAGUUUGAUAUGAUUCGGACAGUCCUGGUUGCUCGUGACACUUCGCUUUCCUUCAAAGACUUUCGCAAUCAAUUGCUGGCGGCUGAACAAGCCACAGAGGCACGCGUGCUGUCUUCUCAUGCACCUAUGGUUGGCAUGCUAAGUCAUUCCUCUUCUUCUGGUUCUUCCCAUGCCUUCUCUGGUUUUGGCCAUGGUGAUGGUCUCCUUCCAACACCUCUAAUGCCUCCUACUGCUUAUAUGUGUUCGCAGCCUUUUGGUCGUUCUUCUUCUCAUGCUUCUGGUGGCCGAGGCAAAUUCUCUGGUUCUAGACCUUUUGGUCGUGGUUUUCAAGGCAGGUUUCACGGUCCUCCUAAGUCUAGUGGUGGAGUUGUUCCUAAGUGUCAAAUCUGCAGCAAGCGAGGUCACACUGCGGUCAAUUGCUAUUUUCGCAAUUCGAAUCCCUCUUCUCACGGGUCCUCUUCUACAAUUGAAUAUCAGAUUUGUGGCAAAAAGGGCCAUGGGGCUCUGGAUUGUUACCAUCGCUCCAACUAUGUUUAUCAAGGUUCUCCACCUCCUGCCUCCAUUACUGCGAUGGCGGCUCAGACUUCUUUCUCUCUUGAUGCAGUCUGGAUUGCAGAUAGUGGGGCCAGUCAUCACAUGGUUCCUCAUAUGACAACAUGGAUUCUGCUUCUCCUUGCACCUCUUUUGAUUAAGUCAGAGUGGGAAAUGGGGAAGGACAAAAUCACCAACAGGGUUCUGUUCCACGGCAAGAGUGAUCAUGGCUUGUAUCCCAUCCCAUGCUUGGUUCCUUCUUCAAUAUGUGUAGACAAUAAGCAGCCAAAGAUGGCUUUUCUUGGACAACAAAUUCAUUCCUCGUUGUGGCAUAGGCGAUUGGGUCAUCCUACUAAUGAGGUUAUUCAACUCAUGCUUAAGGAAGCACAACUCCCAGUGGUUUCAGAUUCCAUAUCUCAGAUAUGUUCUUACUGCUUAAAUGUUGAUGGUUAUCGAUAUGUUGUAAGCUUCAUUGAUGAAUAUACUGGUUUUCUGUGGCUAUACCUGUUUUGUGUCAAAUCUGAGGUGUUCUCUGUGUUUCGCAAGUUUUUUGCCUUUAUUACCAAUCACUUUCAUGCCUCAGUAAAGUAUUUUCAAAGUGAUGGAGGGGGAGAAUAUAUGAGUCAUCAGUUUCAGGAUUUUUUAUCUACUCAUGGCAUUGUGCAUCAAGUCUCAUGUCCUUAUACACCUCAGCAAAAUGGACUUGCUGAAAGGAAAAAUAGGCAUUUUGUAGAGACUGCCAUUACUCUCUUGACUGAAGCUUCUAUGCCUGACAUAUUUUGGUUUCAUGCAAUGGCACAUUCAGCUUACCUCAUUAAUCGGAUGCCUAGUAAGGUUCUUGCCAAUCAGUCUCCUUAUUUUCGGCUUAUGCAAAAACUACCUGAUAUAAGAUAUUUGCGUGUGUUUGGGACUGCUGUUUAUCCAUGCUUAAGAGAGACCAAUUCCCAUAAAUUGCAACCUCGUAUUGCGUCUUGUGUGUUCAUGGGAUAUCUUAUGGGCUAUAAGGGUGUUUUGUGCUAUAAUUGUACUACUCACAGAUUUGUCAUCUCUCGUCAUGUCAUCCAUGAUGAGUUAGUUUAUCCUUUCAAGCAUCCUAGCACUCUACACUCCAAUAUUAUGUCCUCUUUGUCUCCGUCUCUGUCCAUUAAUCUCCCUUCCACUCGUGUCAUUUUAUCUGAGAACCUUGAUUCACAUGUCAAUCAUCCCUCUUCCUCUCCCUGUCGAGGCAAGUUCUCUCCUGCUGUACCAUUGCCUCUCAUUGUUACAGAGGCAUCUUCUUCUUCCAUUCAACCUCUGGAGGGUUCUUUUCCUGUUUCGUCAGAUCACCAUGUGUCUCCUAUUGAACAUGUCAAUUUUGGUUCUUCUUCUAGUCUCCCUUCUUCUUGGAACAUCCAUCCAAUGACUACCAGGUCCAAAUCUGGUCUGUGUCAGAAGAAGUCUUUCGAGGAUUAUCAGUGUUUUACUUCUAUGCAUGACUCUACUACUCUUGAUGAGCCUUCUACAUUUCGUGUGGCUUCUUUCUCUCUUGCCUGGAUUAAGGCUGUGGAGGAAGAGAUCUCUGCCUUAACAAUGCAGGGUACAUGGUGUUUGGUCCCUCGCCCUGCUAAUACAAAUAUUGUUGGCUCCAAGUGGAUUUACAAGAUCAAAAGAAAUUCAGAUGGGAUACUUUCUCGCUAUAAAGCUCGACUGGUGGCACAGGGGUUUAGUCAAGAGGCUGGCUUUGACUACGAUGAAACCUUCAGCCCAGUGGUACGUCAUACCACAGUUCAUCUUAUUCUCAGUUUAGCCGCUAUUAAUGGCUGGUCUUUGCGGCAGCUUGAUGUCAAGAACGCCUUUCUCCAUGGCGAUCUUGACGAGGAGGUUUACAUGAAACAACCACAGGGGUUUGAAGACUCUUCUCAUCCUGACUAUGUGUGCAAAUUACAGAAGUCUUUAUAUGGUUUAAAACAAGCUCCAAGGGCCUGGAAUGCAAAGUUCACGGGCUACUUACCUUCUCUUGGUUUCAAAAUGUCACAUAGUGAUCCAAGUCUGUUUGUGAAGAUUUCAGAUUCAGCUAUCGUUGUAUUGUUGCUCUAUGUCGAUGAUAUUAUUCUCACAGGUUCAAACUCUCAAGUUAUUGAAGAGGUUAUUACAGAUCUUGGUUCAGUGUUUGAUCUCAAGGACUUGGGUCCUCUUACCUUCUUUCUUGGCUUACAGAUUUCGUAUAAGUCGAAUGGUGACCUUUUUAUCAGUCAACAGAAGUAUGCCAAAGAUCUUUUAGUCAAGGCUGGGAUGAAAUCAUGUCGGCCCUGUCUAACUCCAUCUAAACCUCAUACACAGGUUCUUCCCACAGAUGGUGAACCUUUAAAGGAGCCAUCAGUAUACCGAAGUAUAGUUCAUUUUCAGUUGGUUAAAAGGAUUUUGCGCUACAUUCAAGGCACUUUGCACUAUGGUCUUACUUACUCUUCGUCUGUUCCAGUUUCUGUGUUUGCAUAUAGUGAUGCAGAUUGGGCUGGGGAUAUUACCACUCGACGAUCAACCACAGGAUUUGUUGUCUUCUUGGGUUCCAAUCCAAUUUCAUGGCAGUCUAAGAAGCAGGGGUCUGUCUCCCGUAGCUCCACUGAAGCUGAAUACCGUGCUCUUGCUAAUGCUUCAGCAAAGGUCGCUUGGAUUCGUCAGAUACUUGCAGAUCUUCAUGUCUUUCUCCCAGAUCCUCCUCUGUUGUUUUGUGAUAACAUGUCUGCGUUAGCUCUCAGCUCUAAUCCCGUGUUCCAUUCUCGCAUCAAACAUUUGGAUGUCGACUUCCAUUUUGUUCGAGAAUGUGUACAACGCAAAGACUUCUUAGUGCACUACAUUCCUACUGAUGAGCAGGUGGCAGAUGUUCUUACUAAGGGGCUUCAUAGUCCAGUAUUUGUUAAGCAUUGUACCAAUCUCAGUUUAGGCACCCUGACUGAGAUUGAGAGGGGGUGUUUACCCAAUGGUUAG